AUGGAAAGUGCAGUGUUAUUUAAUGUAAAUUCUCCAAUAUUUUCAAGUGAUAGAAAUGAAAUGAUGUUGUUGUUUAAUCAAAUAUUCACAGAUAACAUAUUGUUGGAUUCAUUCUCUCACAAUUAUUUGCCAUCAACCAACGUCAAUUUAUUAAUUAUGGAUUUUGGAUUAAAUUCUAAGAAUCAUGGAUCUUCUAUUGAUAAUAAUCAAACAAAUAUUUCUACUAAUAAUAUAACAAAUACAACAAAUAAUGCUCCACAAAUGUCAAUGUUAUUAACUGUUAGACUUUUGAUGCAAGGAAAAGAGGUUGGAAGUAUUAUUGGUAGAGGUGGUGAUCAAAUAAGAAAAAUUAGAGAAAAGUCACAAGCUAAAAUUAAUAUUUCAGAUGGAUCUUGUCCAGAAAGAAUUGUUACAAUAACGGGUAAUGAAGUGACAAUAAAUAAAGCAUUUACCAUGAUUUGUGACAAAUUUGAAGAAGAUUUAAAACAAAUGCCAGAUAGUGUAUCAAAACCACCAAUAACACUUCGUCUUAUUGUACCAGCAACACAAUGUGGUUCAGUGAUAGGUAAACAAGGUUCAAAAAUAAAAGAAAUUCGUGAAAGAACAGGUGCUUCAAUUCAGGUUGCUAGUGAAAUGUUACCAGCAUCAACAGAACGUGCUGUAACUAUUAGUGGAUCAGCAAAAGCAAUUACAUUAUGUAUGAAUGAAGUAUGUAAGAUACUUUUAGAAGCUCCACCACGAGGUACAAAUAUACCAUAUAGACCAAAAUCAUCAAUUAAUCCUGUUCUUGUUGCACAGAAUGCUGCUGUUGUAGCUGCAGCUGCAGCAGCAUCUCAACAAAAUGGUGCUGGAUAUACUGCUCUAAUACAACAACAAGCACAAAAUAUUUUACAACAAGCAUAUGGUACAAAUCCAUUAAUUGGUAUUCCAAAUCUUUCAACAUUAACACCACAUUUAACAACACAUCCAUUUAAUCAUGCUGCUGUUGCUGGUGAGCUUACCAGACUGCAACCCUAUCAUGCUGCUCCCACCAGAAUCCCACAAACUUCUACAGAUAUGUCUCAGUUAAUAAAUAAUUAUCAACAACCAUCUACAUCAUCUAAUCCUCCUAGUGGUUCAUCAAAUCUUCCAUCAACAAUAGAUCCAUCUCAAGCUUCAUACUAUCUUUCUCAGGCAUCAUUAGCAGGAAAUCCAUUAAUGUGGCAACAUAAUGUUCCUGGAAUGUUAACUGUUCCUGGAGGUGGACCAACUAUACAUGCUACCAGUGGUGGAAAUGUUAUAAGUUAUAUGGGAGAAAAUAAAGAAACAGAUUAUUAUCAAGGUUAUUUAAUGUCAGUUAAUCCAUAUGUUGGAGGAUUAAAAAGAAAAGCAUCACCAAAUCCUUCUUCAACAGGAGGAGGAGCAUCAUCAAAUACAACUACCACACCUUCAACAGGAUAUGCCAAUGGUGGAAAUCAUAAAAAAAGAUAUUCCCCAUAUUAA